AUGUAUGCAUGAAAAAGCUGCUUUGUUAUUGUUUAUGUAUCAAAAUAUCAGAUUCUUGUGAUCUUUUUUCUAUGGCGUUAUAAGAUUAAAUCUUGAGACAUAACAGAUGUAUCCAACCACUAUUUAGACCACUACACCAGAGCAUGCAGAAUGCCAAUGCUUUGAUGUUUAUAUUAUAAAGUGGUUUUGGGAUCAUAUUUUUUUACUUGUUUCAAGAAUCCAAAACAUAGCAAAUUCUCUCUGAUUUCAUAAUGAAAUGUCUUUUACGAAAAUUACUACAUUUUCGCGUUAAGAAUUACAAUUAGCAUUUUUUUUACAAUUAUUAUAAUAAUUAUUUAAACGGGUUAUCAAAAUAUUUCUUACCUUUUCAUUAGGAUCUAUAAAGUUUGUUGUCAGACUCGGAACUGCAUCCAACUCAAAUAUGUAAUCUGGCUUUGUUUUGUUUUGAAUCUCAGUUUUAUUUGAUUUCAAUAUUUAUAAAAUCACAAUUAGCAUUUUUAGAACUCUUUAAUUUGAUAUGAUUGGUUAAUAUACAUGUUUCAAAUUAUAUUUACCAGGUGAAUUGCAGCCAUACAUUCACACUAACUUUGUCUAAAUAAUUGAUAAUGUUAGUAAAUUCAAUAAGAUACAUAAUGCAUACAUGUCAACAUGUAUUUGAUAAAGCAACUCCACAUAUAUAUUUGAAGUAAUAAAGGGUUUGAAAACAUUUUAAAAGAGAGAGCUUAUAAGUAAAAUGAUUUAUUGAUUUGGAAAGAAAAUACUUCUAGAAUAAGAUGAGAACAUAGUUAUGACAUAUAUUGAUAAUUGAUAUUAUAUAGUGUAAAUGCUGAUUUUUGACCCAAAGAAACAAAUAGUGUAAGUGCUGACAAUAAUACAUAUCCAAUAUACAUACAUAAAUGUGUACAUAUAGUACAAUAGAGAUAAUGGAAAAUGCAUGUUUGAGGAAGUUGCAUUUAAGGUUACUUAAAGACAUCUCGGGCUGACAUUGUUUAGACCACAUUGAAUGCUAUACUUUGACUAUUGCGUCUUGUUUUCUAUUUCAGAUAAAUUUAACUUUUAUGAUUCAAGUUUUUUUUUCGUUUUCCACUAGUAUUAAAAUAUGUAAUAUGAUUCGCCAAUAACUAAUAAUUAGAGAUUUGAAUGGGCAUUGAUGAUUGCAGGUCAUUAAAACGAAAGUUAACACCCAACUAUAGUGUAUUUGAGCAAUUAAUAUUAAUUAGAAUGAAAAUUUAUAGUAAAGCAUACCCCUCAAAAUAAUAUAUUGGUCCCAUCCAAAGAAUCCGUGGAUGCAAAAGUCGAUCAUGUAUAUACUCUAGUGUAGCUAAACAUAUUAGCUACAUAUAAAAAAAAAUUGAGAUGAUUAACUUAUCUACAAUGAGGAACAAAUAAAACAUACUCCAUCUGUUCCUGAAAGUAAGAUUUUUUAGAGUAUGCACGCUUAUUAAAAAUUUAAUAAAUGUUUAUAAUUUAAUUUAUUUUUUACUUUAUUAUAUACUUUCCAAUAACUUUCCACCAAUGAAAUUUAAUCAAUUCAAAUAUUCUCAAUUAAUGUUCCUCAAAAGUGUAAAAAAGUACCUUAAUAAUAUAGAAAAUCUAUAUUUGUGGAACAAGAAAAAAACCUAAAACAUCUUACUUUCGGAAACGGAUGUAGUAUGAUUUAUAAAUUGUGGGAGGUUUAAAACACAAAGAUUAGGUAUACAUCUUGUGUUGUGUAAUACUAGUUAAUUAAUAAAAAUGACAUUAAGAAUAUGUGAUUUUAAUUAAUCAUGAUUUCACAGAAAAAAACAUUUUGUUAUAAGAAUGUGUGAUUUUAAUUAAACCAUUGGUAUUGCGAAUUUCCAUUGCCAAUAUCUGAUUUAAUCUGCAAGUGAUAUUAAUUCAUCUGCAUCAUGAUUCCUAUGAUUAUUGGAUUAGUUAAGAGCAAGUUUAUUGAUGUCCUUUAAAGAAAAGUUGUUAAGCAUAAUUACACUUAAAAUAAAGGAAAAAAUGAAGAAAAGAGGUGGAACGUACCUUAUUUAAGCAAAGGAAUGGACGUUGCUUCCAUUACUUCUUCAUCUUUUGUUUGUCUCUCUCUAUGACCCCACUUAAGAGACAUUUAAGAGUUUUACCAUUAAACAUGCUCAAGGCUCCAAAAUCAGAAUGUAGAUACCGGUGUGUGAAUCAUGUGUUGUUGUUCUCUGUCAAAUAACAAUAAAUCAUAGUAUUUGUUUGAAGAAAGAGCUGAUAGAAAAGUAUUAAUAUCACUUGAUCCCAUAUCAUAAAUGAUAACUGAAAAGCAUAUGUUCUUGUUAUUAUUUUUAAACAAAAUAGAACAUACAAUAGAAGAAUAACAUGCAGGUAGUAUAAAUAUAUUACAUAGUAUAUUUGAGACAUACAGUGGCUUAGCACUGAUGUUCAAUAACGUAGGCCGUUGAAAAAGAGGUUGAUGAUAACCAUUACGUCAAACCAAACAACAUCGUCGGUGGUGAAAAAUGAGUACUUUGGUUUUGUUCUCUACUGAGGAUUGACACAUUAGCCACUAUCAUGGACUGUAAAUUUAAACUCAUAAACCUUCUUCUAAAAGUGCCCUUUCUGCUUUUAACAUUUCAUGUAAUAAAAUAAACUUGUGUAAUACAUUUGCUGACAAAUAAACAAGUUAGGUAUUAUUUUCAUGUCCAUGGUAAAGAAAAAAAGGAAGUAGCUAUGUGUUCAAACUAGACAACAACAACAAACCCACGCUUUGACAUUGGCUGAUCCCUCUUUGAAUCCCCCGUGACUAAAAAAAGAGGAAAGAGAAAGUCGUCUGAAUUACAAUAUUUCAUGCCAAGAUUAACAAAACAAAAAUUUUACAAAAAAAAAAAGAGAAAAAUGAAGAUAGAUGCUCCAGCUUGUAAUUUGUUUAAGGGGGCUUCAUUUAAAGCAGAGUAGAUAACAGAGUGUAAUGGUUUUCCACAGUUUUUCAUUAAUCCAUUCAUAUCUUGACCAAAAAAAAUAAAAAGCCAUUCAUAUAAGUUUAUGUUUUCAGGUGAAAAUAAAUACACUAGUUCUACCAAAAAGUAUAGAUUUUACAACCAAAGAAUUCGACCCAAAAAAAAACAAACAUAAAGAAAGACAGAAGUUACUUCCAUUACAAUCAAUUAGAUCGGUCUUCUUCUUCCACUUUGAAAAGUCGUAACAUGUUUGGUUAAAAAGAGAAAUGACCCAAGUGGUCGGAUCUGUCCAAAAUUAGUUGCGACGGUCACAAGCGGCAAAGAUAAAAAAGCAAACAGAUUUGAAGGAAACGGCUCAAAGAGAGUUUUGAUUAAGACUCUCGCAUCUCUCUCUCUCUCUGUUUCAGACCCACUUGUCGUCUUCCCUUCCUCUCUAUCACAGACCAAACUUAAAACAUCAUUAAAUGUAAGACAGAGAGGCAAACACAAAACCCUAGUUUUCCCCUAAAAGUAAUCCAACUUCUGCGUUUUAAUCUCUCUCUCCUUAUUCCUUCCCGUCUGAAAGUUUAGAGCUUUGUAACAAGGCGCAAGCGAGUUCUUAUUUCUCUGUUUUGAUUCUCUACUGAUUCUUCUCCGACACAGAAUCUUCUUGUUCUGUUUUGUUAUGCAUACUGUUCACAUGUCAAGUCUCUAAAAUUUGUCUUUUUCUAUCUUUCUGGGAAUAUAUAUAUAUUUUUUUAUCUCUCAGAUCCAUUGACUUGAUCCACAAGUUUAGAUCUUUUUCAAGAUUUAAUACUUGUCCGGUCGUGUAAAAUAAUGGGUUCCACGAUCUUCGAAGCAAAAGCCAUGAGAAUCUUCUUCACCGUCUUCUUAACAUGUCUAGCUCUCUUCCCGGAUCCUCUACACGCCGGUGUAGCUAACACUGGGAGCAUCACCCCAGGGUUUAGUGGAUCUCAGAUGAACUACAUCAACAACAACGGCAUCUUCCUCGAAUCCAACAACUCAAACUUUGGUUUCGGCUUCGUAACCACGCAAGAUUCCGUCACUCUCUUCACUCUCAGCAUCGUCCACCAAGCCAGCUCGAGGGUCAUCUGGUCAGCGAACAGAGCUUCCCCUGUUUCGAACUCCGACAAGCUCCAGUUCGAAGCCAACGGAAACGUAGUGCUCCGUAGAGAACAAGGAGGAGGAGAAGGAUCCGAGGUUUGGAGAUUGGACAGUUCUGGCAAAAACGUCUCGAGAAUCGAGCUUCGCGACUCCGGGAACCUCGUUGUUGUUUCCGGUGAUGACGGAGCUACGAUCUGGGAGAGCUUUGAUCAUCCAACAGAUACUCUGAUAACGAAUCAAGCCUUUAAACAAGGCAUGAAGCUCACUAGCAACCCUUCUCCUUCGAGCAGCGUGAGUUAUACUCUUGAGAUCAAAUCAGGAGAUAUGGUUUUAUCUGUGAACACCUCGUUGACUCCUCAAGUGUAUUGGUCUAUGGGGAAUGAAAGAGGAAAGAUCGUUAACAAAGACGGUGUAGUGACGUCAUCUUCUCUACUCGGGAACUCGUGGAGGUUCUUUGAUGAGAACCGGUCUUUGUUAUGGCAGUUUGUGUAUUCGGAUGAUAAAGAUGGUAACGCUACUUGGAUCGCGGUUUUGGGAAACAACGGUGUGAUCACUUUUUCGAAUCUCGGCGCUGGUGCGUCUGGAGCUGAUGCUUCCACUAAAAUCCCAAACGAUCAGUGCGCAACACCCGAGCCUUGCGGGCCUUACUACGUCUGUUCUGGUGGUAAAGUGUGUGGAUGUGUGUCCGGGUUGUCAAAAGCUCGGUCUGAUUGCAAAUCCGGGAUCGUGUCUCCUUGUAAGAAGAAUGAAAACAAUGCAACAUUGUCUGUGCAGCUUGUGAAUGCUGGAGAUAAAGUUGACUACUUCGCUCUAGGUUUUGCUACACCCUUCUCCAAGAGAACUAGUCUUGAUAGGUGUAAAGAGUUUUGCAACAAGAACUGCUCGUGCCUCGGUCUUUUCUUCCAGAACAGUUCUGGUGACUGCUUCUUGUUUGAUUGGAUUGGUAGCUUUAGAAACUCUGGAAAUGGAGGAUCUGGCUUCGUCUCUUACAUCAAGGUGGCUACUAAUGAUUUGGGAGGUGGAGAUGAUGGGAAACACUUUCCUUAUAUAGUAAUUAUUAUCUUGGUGACGGUUUUCAUCAUCUGUGUGUUGAUCUUUGCGGCUUUCCGGAUUCAUAGGAGAAAGAAAAUUCUUUUUGAUGAGUUAGAACAGAGUUCAGAGGAGGAUAACUUCUUGGAGAAUCUUUCAGGAAUGCCUAUCCGGUUCGCUUAUAAAGAUCUUCAGUUAGCGACGAAUAACUUCUCCGUCAAGUUAGGUCAAGGAGGGUUUGGUUCGGUCUAUGAAGGGACUUUACCUGAUGGUUCUCGUUUAGCUGUUAAGAAGCUUGAAGGAAUAGGUCAAGGAAAGAAAGAGUUCAGAGCCGAGGUUAGUAUCAUCGGAAGCAUUCACCAUCUACAUUUGGUGCGGCUCAGAGGUUUUUGCGUGGAAGGCACGCAUAGACUUCUCGCCUAUGAGUUCUUAGCUAAAGGCUCGUUAGAGAGAUGGAUAUUCAGGAAAAAAGAUGGAGAUGUUCUGUUGGAUUGGGACACAAGGUUCAAUAUAGCGUUAGGAACAGCGAAAGGUUUAGCUUAUCUACAUGAAGAUUGCGACGCAAGAAUCAUCCAUUGUGAUAUUAAACCUGAGAACAUCUUGUUGGAUGAUAACUUCAACGCCAAGGUAUCUGAUUUCGGACUAGCUAAGCUCAUGACACGCGAGCAAAGCCAUGUCUUCACGACCAUGCGUGGGACAAGAGGCUAUCUAGCUCCAGAGUGGAUCACAAGCUACGCGAUCUCGGAGAAGAGCGAUGUUUAUAGCUACGGGAUGGUGUUGCUAGAGCUGAUAGGAGGAAGAAAGAACUAUGAUCCAUCAGAGUCGUCUGAGAAGUGUCAUUUUCCUUCUUAUGCUUUCAAGAUGAUGGAAGAAGGGAAUCUUUUGGAGAUUGUUGAUGGGGAGAUGAAGAACGUUGAUUUGAACGAUGAGAGAGUUCAAAGGGCGAUGAGAACUGCGCUUUGGUGUAUACAAGAGGAUAUGCAUUUGAGACCGUCGAUGAGUAAAGUUGUUCAAAUGCUUGAAGGUGUUUUCCCGGUGGUGCAGCCUCCGUCUUCUUCAAAUUUGGGCUCGAGGCUCUACUCGAGUUCGAUCAGCGAGGAAAGCGGUGGUGGUAAGUCGUCUGGACCGACGGAUUUUUACAGUGAGAAUGAUCUAUCUGCGGUGAGACUUUCCGGUCCGAGAUAGCAGAUCUUGUGUUGUAUAGACUAUUGUGUUGUGUUUAAAAUAAGAGAAUAGUAGUGUCUCCAGUUUUGUAAUGUUCCAAAAAAUUUUAAGAAAAAAAUCCAUUUAAUACAAAUUUAAUUUUAAUUGCUAAUUUUAUA